UGGGGGGGUAAGAUGGCGGCCGCCCGGGGGUUGUCCCUAACUGCCUGGACGCUGAGAACUGUCGCCCGCUGGCCGAGGGACAGGCUUCUCGCGGCCUCUCCGGGACUUGAGGCGCGUCGGGUAGCGUCGUCCUCGGGCGCCGAGGCUGGCGAAGGGCAGAUCCACCUCACCGACAGCUGCGUCCAGAGGCUUCUGGAGAUCACGGAAGGGUCAGAGUUCCUCCGAUUGGAGGUGGAGGGAGGUGGAUGCUCCGGAUUCCAAUACAAGUUUUCGCUGGACACUGUAAUCAAUCCCGAUGACAGGGUGUUUGAACAGGGCGGAGCCAGAGUGGUGGUGGACUCAGAGAGCUUGACCUUCGUGAAAGGCGCCCAGGUGGACUUCAGCCAGGAACUGAUCCGAAGCUCAUUUCAAGUGUUGAACAACCCUCAGGCACAGCAAGGCUGUUCAUGCGGGUCGUCCUUCUCCGUGAAACUCUGAGUGGGAUAUGGGUGGCUCUAACCACCUUCUCCCCUCUGCCCCCAAGUGUCAAUAUGAGGAACCCGGGAUUGGUAGUAGAUCCUUCUAAUCAUGUCCCGCUCCCAAUUUUUAUUUCCUUUAGUGGAGCCCACACGGAUAUUGUGUUUUGCCACCGUUAUUUCAGAAUGUGAAGUCUUUACUCGUUGGCUCCCUCCUCGCUACCUGACACAGACCCACAGUGACCGCAGAUUUAGUCACUGGUUGAGAACAGGAUAACGAAUAGAGUCCUUCACCAUUGGAAAUCAUUUCUCUGCGUUUUCCGAGCUGUUUGUGUAUAUAUAUAUAUAUGUACAUAAAAUCCUGCAUAAAAUCUCAUUUGAAAGAAAGUCCUCAUCUACUAGUGUUUUGGACUUAGGGUUGUAAGUUGGGCAGCUUGACUGUUCUCUUCCUUCCAAAAUGAGUCCCCUUCUGCGCUUCCCAUGUGAUAGGACAGAUGCGCUUCACUGUCUACUAGGAGUCAUGAAAUGAAGAGCUCAUCACCCAGGGAACCUGCCUGACCUCCCUCUAUUGGCUGAAUUAUUUGAAGAG